GAAGAAGUUAUGCGUCUCUCGGAGACCUUAAGGUUUCCACUUUGGGCGAGUGGGAGCGUCGUCGAUUACUGCUUACCAGAGGGUUCCUCUCGGGCGCAAAUGAGCCGGCCGUUUAUUCCCCAGACUGAAGCUGAAAUUGUCACACCACACAGAUUCAGUCUCACCUUCAGCGAGGAUCCGGUAGAGGGAGAAGCUGCUGCAAGGGAGAAGGUUGCUAGGGAGACUGCCGACACCAGCGGACGAACACGAAAGAGGAAUAGGAACACAGAAAAAUCGGGCAGCAACAAGAAAGCAGGUUUUGACGAG